GCAAUUUAGCCUUUGUCUCCACAUUUCUGAAAUGCUUGAAAUGUUAACCAUUCAUAUUUAUUUGAGAACAGUAUUUGUUUUGUAACAUAACACUACUUACAUAUGUAACUGUGGUUAACACCAAGGGUGGUGUGAAGCACCUUUUAAUACCUCUUUGUGCACACACAUACCAAGAGCUUGCAACCAAGUCAUGAUGCAGUAUUUGCUAUAAAUACCACUAUCAUAUAGCCAUCAUUCCCUAGAGCCUUCUCACCAAACCAAAAAAGAACCCUAGGAGUUAUCCACCAGUUACAUGCAUAUUUAUUGUUCUACUUCACCUCUGUGUUCCCCUGAAAGGUGCUAAGAGAUGACUGCCCUACUCACACCACUGGGAGGUGGGAUGCUAAACUUUAGACCACUACAUAAGAGCCAUGGGGAGGAGACAGUCCGCACAGAGUGGCUUGUAAAAGUAGGGACUCCAGCCCGGUAAGGUGAUGAUGUCCAUUGGGCCAGCCUCUGCUUAGACAAGGGAGCCGGAUGGCCACCUGCCAGUCCAAAUAACUACACAGGGUGUGUACUGAGCACAGCCAGCUUGUGCAGACAGACUCACCCUCACUGAAGACUACACAUCAAUUGACUGAUGGACAAAGUUGGGUGAUAUGACAUUGGGCAGAAAUCUAGAAACCCAGAGUUUUCCGGCCACCACUGCAUGCAGGAUGAGCUAACUGCCAGAGCAUGUCACUCCUCAAUACUCUUGGCUGGUGAUCAAUAGCAGAAAGACAGUUUCACACACAUUCUGCCUGAGGCACCAGAUCCACAGACACAGGCGACCUUGCUGUGGGUACAAUGUCUGACCAUUGACUGGGACAGCAGAUCUGCUCAUGGAAGGAGCUGCCAGGGUGUUUUAUCAACAAAGAAAGCAACAAGGAACCAAGGUCAUGGUAGAGAUGUGGCUGUGUUUUGGCACUGCUCUGGUUGUACAAAUAUUAGACAUAUGAUUUUUUUUUUUUUGACUGAUUCAUGGUAGAGAUGUUGCUGUGUUAGUCAUUCCUCUGGUAGUACAGAUGCAGACUCCAAUUGACCUUUCAUUCACCCCUUAUGUGGGCCAGAAACCUGAGGGGUACAUGACAUGUAAUGCUUGGUGUUGUAUGGUGCCCAUACCCAGAAGGGGCUACCAGGGUACUAGUAACCUUGAUCUGGUAGUACCUACCAAAAAUGUGAGGUGAUGCCCAGCUUGCAGCUGAACAAAUCUCCUGUAAGCCCUUACAGUCUUAUUCUAGCGUUAUGAUUCCACAAGAUAUUGUGAAAGCUUUUGAAUAGAAAUUUACCCAUAUGAGUUGGAGUCCAAGCAACGAAAAGCCUUUUGCAGGAGCAGGGCUUGUAAGACAGUAGCCUUAAAUAAAUGCCCUCUAUGGGCUCAAAAGGCUAUUGCAAUAAUGCUUCCAGCACCAAGGAGAGGUCCCAUGUAGGGGUAAGCUGCCUAGUGACUGGUAAGGGACAUUGGGCUCCCUUCAUGCAUUCUGUGGGCAAGGCGGUGCUGAUCCAAUGCUGCAUUGUUGAAGCCAGUGUAGUAUGCAUAAAGGCCUGCUGGGUAGACCUUAAUGUUGGAGAAGGAUUUAACAUUUUACAUAAAGUCUUGUAAAAAAGCAUAGUAUGUCAGACACAGAGCACUGAGUAGACAGCUCUAUGUAUAAUAGCAGCACCCAUGUCUGAGCACAGAGGGAAGAAUUAUCUAUGCCAGGCAUAGUGCUUUGGGCCAUUGGGUGGCUAUUAGAAUCAAUGUUAGCCCCCUGCUCCCUCACCCUGGCUUGGGUGGGCCACCCACCUGGGAGCUGCUAUAGCUUGUCGAGCUUGUAUGUGCUUGAAGAUGGUGGGGCUGAUAUUAUAGGCAGAGAGUUCAUGCUCUCAGCAGAGGCAAUGAGCGAAUCCCUUGCUGUAAUGAGAGCAAUGCAGGUUGGUGUGCAGACUCGGGACUGCUGGAUCUAAGAGAACUUCAGUGCUAAGGCUUUAGAUUGCAUGAUGCUAAGAAAGCUCUCUAGCUGUGACAGACAGGUCGGUACUUUUGGCAGCCGGUGAACAAUGCAGCAAAGCUAAGCGAGUAGUCUGAAAUUUCUUGUUAAGUUAGCAAGUAUGGGUGGUUAGCAGGCUAAGCAAAAUUGACAGACUGACAAUAUUUAUUUGACAAUCAUGUGCGAUGGAAGCUGACCAAAAGAGGAUGUGUACUCUUAUAGACAUGAGUAAAAGGCAAGCAAAUUUGGUCAAGCGAUAAGAGUAUAGUGUUGAGCUCGAAAGAAGCAAAUGUUUUCUGAGAAGAGGGAGGAAAUGUUUUCUGUGAAGAGAAUGUGAUCUGCAAAAAAGGGAUUAAUUUCUUCAACCCCGCAAACCCACCAAUCUUGGAAGUGUGGGCGUGAAGAAAACAAGAGCACAAGGCUGGGGUCACGUCUUCCUGGAAACUGGUUAUUGUUACUCAUUCAGGACACCCUGAAUAGCAGUUUGUACAUACACUUAGUGGCCAAUUUAUUAGGAAAUUGAUGCUGUAUAGCAGGGGUCUUCAAUUUUAUCCGCAAAGGGCUGGUUUGGCUGCAGGCUUUUAUUCCAGCCAAAAAGGAAGCAUAACUUGAUAGUUGAUUGGACACAAAGAUUAACUGAUUAAACAAGUGGAAUCUGGUGUGACUCCUUCUUGGUUGGAACAAAAGCCUGCAGCCACACCAGCCCUUUGUGGAUAUGAUUGAAAACCCCUGCUGUAUAGGAUUCACGCUGUUCAAAUUCUUACACUAGCAUCUGCAUGUUGCAGCAGAAAUCAAGAUUCAUCAGACCAGAUAAUGUUUUUUCAAUCUUCAACUGUUCAGUUUCAUUGAGCCUGUGCCCACUGUAGCCUCAGAUUCCUGUUCUUUGCUGACAGGAGUAGAACCUGAUGUGGUCUUCUGCUGUUGUGGCCCAUCCACCUCAAGGUUCAUCACGCUGUUCAUUCUGAGAUGUUUUUCUGCUCAGUGUGGUUGUAAAGAGUGGUUAUUUGAGUUAUCAUAGACUUCCUGUCAGCUUGAACCAUUCUGGCCAUUCUCCUCUGAUCUCUCUCAUCAACAAGGCAUUUCUACCCACAGAACUGCUGCUCGCUUUUAUUUUUCGCACCAUUCAGUGUAACUUUAGAGACUGUUAUGUGUGAAAUCGGCAGUUUCUGAAAUACUCAAAUCAGCCUAUCUGGCACCAACAACCAUGCCAUGGUCAAAGUCACUGAGAUCACAUUUUCCCCCAUUCUGAUGUUUGAUGUGAACAUUUACUGAAACUCUUGACCUGUACCUGAAUGAUUUUAUGAAUUGCACUGCUGCCACAUGAUUGGGUGAUUGGACAAUUGCUCGAUUGAGCAGGUGUACAGGUGAUCCAAUAAACUGGUUGGUGAGUGUACAAACAUACUGUAUUUUUGCAGUUGUUUAACAGGAACUGUCUGUGGAGUUUUCUUGUUUUUAUAGUUUCAUCUUACCUCCUAAAAACUUACUGGUAGGUACAUUGGUGACUCUACACUACCCCUGGGUGUAUGUGGAUGUGUGUGCAUGGUGCCCUGUGAUGGACUGGUGUCCUAUCUGGUAUAUGUUCCUGACUUGCACCCGGUGCUCCUGGGAUAGGAGCCGGUGACCCUGACCAGGAAAAAGCAGUUACUAAAGACAAGGUUAGCCGUUCACUGAAUCGGUACCUCCACAUCACUUUUGUGGAGAGACCAACUGUCCCCACAAGGUUGGGAAUAUCUGACCCCUGCUGAAAAAAAAAAACAAUAGAAACCAUCACAGAAAUUCUGAUAGUUUCCACUACAAAUCCAUCCAUCCAUCCUCUGUACUGCUUAUUAUACACAGGGUUGCAGGGGAGUCUGGAGCCUAUCCCAGGUGACUCAGGGCACAGACUAACAAACUAAAACUAUCGAGUCACUGUAUGCGAAAAGUAACUGCAACUGUAACUUACUGGUAAUCAAGCUCUCUCUCUCACACACACACACACAAGGACCUUCCACUGGCAAAAUUGUUUAGUUAAUGCUGUGCCUACACCUAGGACAGGGUACCUACCCAUCACAGGGCACAGGCACACACUUUGGAGAUGCCAAUCAGCUUAUGAUGCAUGUCUUUGGACUGGGGGAGGAAACCCCCAAACCAUGGGGAGAACAUGCAAACAGGGCAGAGGCAGGAAUCAAACCCCCAACCCCAGAGGUAGAAGGCAAACAUGCUAACCACUAAGCCACUGUGUGGCUCCCAUUACAAACUGUCAGCUGUUAACCAAUAAAAACAAAUACAAUUCCCAUUAAAACCAUUACAAAUUCUAUGAGGGUUUCUAUUGUUUUUUUGUUUUUUUUUUCAGCAGGGACAGUUUGACAGAUAUCAUAGAGACAUUUGGCUGCUCCCCAUGAGGAAAACCCCUCUUUUUUGACAAACACUGCAACUUUAAUGAUAGAUAGAUAGAUAGAUAGAUAGAUAGAUAGCAUUAACUAGGUGCAUUAAAUAAUUAUGCCAGUGGAAGGUCCUUAGACCUAUAGUAAAGAAACUUGUGUGUGUGUGAGAGAGAGAGAGAGAGAGAGAGAGAGAGAGAGAGCUUGAUUACCAGUAAGUUACAGAUGCAGUUACUUUUCGCGUACAGUGACUCAUUAGUUUUAGUUUAUUAGUCAUGUUAGUAUUAGUCGGUUUUGCUUUGUCAAAGUAGGAAACGGACAAAAAUUACGCCGUGAAGUACCGGAUCAGGGCAAUGUGUCAAAUCAACCAAUCAAAUCAGGCCAAAUGCAAAGGCAUUCAAGUCAGCUUUGACUAAAGUGUAUUUGUAUUGCCAUGAUCUCACUAUACACACGUUAUAGUGAAGCUCCAGGUUGAGGACUGGCUGAAGACGGGGGAAAUGGGAGGUGUUUCUCUUUGACGUGUAGCUCUGUUCAUAGCCAGGUAUCAGAUACUCUUAGUGCCAUACACGUGUGAUAUUACAGCGACUUCAUGGAGAACAAGAACAAGCGGUAGACCUCCAUCAGCGGUAAAUCAACAUCUCAUAUAAUUAUAUAAUUACAAAUAUAAUACUGGUGACUGGUCGUGUUAGAAACACCCAUAUACAUAUCUGCUAGUUUCCUCCACUGUCAAUGGAGGUUUCCAUUUAAACAGACUUGUAGGUUACAGUUUUACAUACUUUGUGUGUGCGCAUGUGUGUGUGUGCGUGUGUGUGUGUGUGUGCAGUAAAAUGAUAAAGAGCACUGUAUGGUAAUGUGAGAUAAUGUCAGUAUUUUCUUCCUCUAAAUAUCAAUACUGUUUUGUAUUACUAUGUUACCAAGGCAACGUUUCCUCCGUUUUACGACCGUCAACCACAGUUUUCGGCAGGAGGACAGGUAGAAGUAAUAACAAUGAAUAAUUUACUUAUCAAAAAUACAUGUUAAAUCAAAAUUGUGUUUAUCAAAAUAAAAGAGAAUUUAAAAACAUAAUUUUUUUUAUCAGAGUAUUUGCUAACAAUGUCACUUCUUAUGCAGUUUAACAGUAAUUUUGUCAUAUAAAUGAUUAAUAUGGUUAAUGUUCAGUGAAAAUCAUAAUGUUCUAUCAAAAUUGCAGGUUUCAUUUUGGUUUCAUUUUUAACCAAUUAUUUUUGUUGUUGUUGUUGUUUGUCAACCCUCAUCCAGCUGGUUACAAAUGAACACAAACAGAGUGUGUGUGGAGUCUAUGUGAGGUCUGGCCAGGAUGGAAGAAGAGAUAAGUGUAGCAACAGCUGAACCGGCUGCUACACCAUCAACUGAAGCUCCAGAGGCACCUCGCCGAGGCAGAGGCAGACCACGCAAACCAAAACAGGAGCCUGUUGAACCUCCUGCUCCCAAAAGGCCAAGGGGAAGACCCAAAGGGAGUAAGAAUAAGGCCAACCGUAGUACACCCAAAGAACCACCAAAGGAAAAGAGACCUCGAGGCCGACCAAGGAAAUGGCCUCAAAAAGCAGUGCAGCAAAAAGAGCAAGAGCUUGAGGAAGAAGAGGACCAGCCACACCUGCCAUCACCACACAAGAACGCCUAGGCUCUGAGCCGCCAGUGUGUGCAAUAGGCUGCAUUUAGACAGUUAUAUCCAGCGUUCUCAUGUAGGUGUGUUAUCAAUCACUUGACAAAAAAAUACAUGGAGCCUGUCCUUGCCAAUUCCCAAAGCACUAAUAUCAGAAAAACAGAACAUUCCCCCUAAUAAUUAGAUACCAAAAACCACUUAGUGAAUGGUGAACAACUCUGAGUUGAGCACUGUGGAUUGUAUAUACUCUUAGGUUUUGAUUACAUAUCUUCUAAACUGCAUCAAGUAAUACCAGACUUGGACUUAUUUAAACAUUUGUGAAACAGAUACAGCUAUAUAUGCACAUGACAAUAUGAUCUACCAAAAAGUGAUUCGGAUUGCAAACUGGAUUUGGGUGUCCCAUCCAUCUGUCUAAAUGUAGCCAUAGACCGGCACUUACAUCAGAUUUUUCUACACCUCAGACUUGACAGAAAACAACAUCUAACAGGUGCUUUCAGUAUGAAUUGAAAAACACUUUUACUUACAGCCAUCAUAGUCUUAUAGUACAGUAUAUAUGAUAUGGUACUGAAUGAGUCACUACUAUACCAUUUCAUUUUAUCGGUACAACACCAGCUAUUUUAUUUUUCAGCUGUUAUUUGUCUACAUUUACAUGCAAUCAUUUGGUUGACACUUUUAUCCAAACGAGUUACAAUUGAGAUGGGAUACAACUGAUUGGUUGACGAUUAAGGGUCUUGCUUAAAGACCCAAGCACACAGCUUGGACAGAAACUGUCAUGGUGUAUUUCUCCUAAGAUCAGUCCCUGACAUUUAUAACAAUUUUUUUUAUUUCAAUGUUUACACUUGAGUGUCUAGCUGUACUUGAAAAUGUGUCAAACCUAGUGAAUUUUACUAUUUGAAAAAAAAAGUCUUUUUUGUUUACAAUAUCAGAUAGAUUACUAGAUCAUUUUCUGCUGUGUGACUGUGUAAACUUGACACAGUCUGUCAAAAGCAGAGAUAAAGUUUGAAACUAAAAAAGAAAAAAAAAGUUACAGGGAGAAAAAGUGUUUACCACUUAAGUACUGUUUUCAUUUUUUUCAGUGAAUGAAAUGUUGUGCAGUUUAAUGAUGCAGUAAACAAUUGUCAGAAUGCCUCAGUAGUUAAAUACAUAAUCCUCUUUAUUCUCUCUUUAAUGUCUAUUUCUCUAAUUGGUCAGUCUCUAGAAUACUACACUUUAUUGCGCUUUUCAAUUUUUUUCCUCCACUUUGGUGUGCUUUUUGAAUGACAAGCAUUUUUUUAAGAAAAAAAAAUCUUGAUAACUGUACUGAUUUUUUUAUUGGCAUUGUUUAUAUACAAUACUUAUAAUGUCUUAUUUCUGUGUCAUGAAUCCUCCAUGUUGUUACAUUCGUUCAUCUUCAGUAAUCCCUUUAUCCUGGUCAGGGUUGCGGCAGAUCCUGAGGAUCACCAGGCAUGUCCAUGUUGUUACAUGAAUUAAUACUGGAAUUGUAUGAUGUCUGGUCUGCUAAAUACAAGAUACCUUCAUACACUGUUUAGUGAAUUUACAUUUUUAUAUUGCAUACAUUGGUUUAAAAAGGUGAUACCUCAUAAAGAUAGCUAAGGUAAAUGUUCAGCAAGAGGGAUUAGACCAUUCAGAACUUGAGAUUUUAUGCUUUGCCUCAGUUUUAUACGUCAUCUCAUUAGUUCUAUAGUUUCUACUGCCAGUGUUGAAAGCGUAUGCAUCAGAAGGAUGAUUUUUAUGAUCCAUUGCCUUAUUUCUCUUUAAUCACACACCUCAGUUAACAGGAGAAGUGCAUACUUUUGCCUGUGUUAAUCUGCUGUUGAGUCAAUUGAUGUUUUUACAUCUUCACUGAAUGAAACGUUUAAAAGGGUAAUGCCUCAUGAAUACUGCCAAACCGUGACUUAUUUUUAUUUACCUCAAUUUUAUGCAUUUUAAUAGUUCUCGUUUCUCAAAUAGUGAAUAAUGGAGCCUUAAAACAAGUGUAUGCCUUGUAUUGUGUUGACCACGUCAUGAUUUUAAAAAAUAUGAAUAUCCCAGUAAACCAUGCAGUUGUGACUUUAUAAAACAUUUCAGUAAAUUCAAUAAAAAACGAUCAAACAUUCA